AUGCAUUAGAAUCAUAUUGGAGAAAAUACAAAUAUUAGUAUAUAAACAUACUCCGAUUAAAACAAUUUUGAUAAUAAUAUAAUCGCCAUGUCUAUCUCAAAAUAAAAGCCAUAUGAUGAAUAAAAUGCAUAACUUCUGAGAAUAUAAAAGGUAGCUUGUUGGAAUUGUUUUAAAUUAUUAAUUAAAGACUUAAUUAAAGUCCAAUGCAAUGAAUUUUGUAAUUUAGAUUGCUAUAAAAAUUAUAAAAAUUUGUACCAUGCUUAAUGUGUAAAUUGUAAUUAGUCAUUUGAUAUUAAAAAUGGAAUAAUGCUCAAUAGAUGUAACUUUUGUAGAGAAAAAUGCUCUGAAAAAUAUAAUUUCUAGAUUAUGAAGAUAGAAAUGAAGAUAUCGAAAAAUAAUUCUUAAUCUUUAAAGGUAGCGAAAUAGAAAAAAAAACACACAGUUAAAAAGAAGCUAUUGAUUUAGAUUUUGAUUGAAAUUAUACUAAUUUAUAUAAAACUCCAGUUUUUAAUAAUCGAAAUUUCUUCCAUCAAUCAUCUUAAAAUAAUAGAUCUUAAUCAUAAUUCAAAAUAUCAUUUAUAUAUAUAUUAAAUAAUAUACAUUCAUAAAGACAUUAUAAUAUUAUUAUAUAGCUUAUAUUCAUUAUAGCAAAAAAAAUGGUACUUUAAUUUUCGUAGAGAUUUUGGUCAAAAUAUAUCUGUAAAGGAUUAAAAUCUAAAAGUUUUAAUUUUUAAAUUAUAAAUAAUUGAAUUUUAAAGUGUGUAUCUCUUUUGGAUUUUACUACUUUAGUUCGUUAAUUCUUUGAAUCUUAAUUAAAUUGGAUUAUGUGUUUAGGUUAAUUUGUUUUGUCUUCAUCUGAUGAGUAGAAAAAUACAAUAAAUUGAACAUAAAACAUUUUGA